AUGUCUGAAGCAAUCAUUGGCUUGAUCAACAAACUUCAAGAUGCUCUUGCGCUUGUAGGUGGAAGCGAUAAUCUAGACUUGCCUCAAAUAAUCACUGUGGGCGAGCAAAGUUCAGGAAAAUCGUCUGUUCUCGAGCACAUUGUUCAACGCGACUUUUUGCCUCGAGGAAGUGGCAUUGUCACUCGUAGACCUCUUGUCUUACAGCUAUUCACAGCUUCAGACACAACCGAAUAUGCAGAAUUCCUUCAUUUGCCUCGUCAGCGAUUUUAUGAUUUUGAACAGAUUAGACAGGAAAUUAUUAAAGAUACCGAAAGGAUUGCUGGAGAGAACAAAUGCAUUUCCAAAACACCCAUUCGAUUAAAGAUGUACUUGAAUAACGUUCUCAAUCUUACUCUUAUCGAUCUUCCAGGCUUAACCAAGAUUCCAAUAGGCGAUCAACCAGACGAUAUUGGCGCACAGAUACAAGAUCUUGUUCUGGAUUACAUUUCAAAACCUAAUAGCAUCAUUUUGGCAGUGACCCCUGCAACAAUCGAUUUAGCCAACUCCGAUAGUUUGAAAUUAGCAAGACAGGUGGAUCCGGAAGGAAAGCGUACGAUGGGUGUCAUCACAAAGUUAGAUCUCAUGGAUGCAGGGACAAAUGCGCUCGAUGUGCUGACAGGAAAAGUGUUUCCCUUGAAAUUAGGAUUCGUUGGUGUUGUCAAUCGCAGUCAGCAGGAUAUUUUGACGAGUAAAUCGAUGCGUGAUGCUAUCAAUGCAGAACAGCUCUUUUUCCAGAGUCAUCCAGCUUAUAGAAGCAUAGCUGAUCGUUGUGGGUCGCAAUAUUUGGCCAGACAAUUGAACCAUGUCCUUGUGAACCACAUCCGUGAAAAACUACCUGAAUUGAGAACAAAAUUGAGUUCUCUCAUCGGUCAAACGCAGCACGAGUUAUCACAGUAUGGGGAAUCAGCAUUAUCAGGGUCAAUACAACAGAGUUCACUCGUUUUGAAAUUGUUGACCUUGUUCUCAACUGAAUUUGUAUCGUCUAUUGAUGGAACAUCAUCCGAGAUUUCUACCAAAGAGCUUUCAGGAGGAGCACGUAUCUACUUUAUCUUUAGAACCGUUUUCAAGCACGCGCUGGACGCCAUCCAUCCUUGUGCAAACUUGACAAGUGCGGAUAUCCGUACGGCCAUGCGAAACUCAACAGGUCCUCGAGGAUCAUUAUUUGUGCCUGAGUUGGCCUUUGACCUCCUCGUGCGGCCUCAGAUCAGAAUGUUGGAAGCACCCAGUCUGCGUUGUGUCCAUCUGGCUUAUGAAGAAUUGACCAAGAUCUGUCAAACAUGUGGCAGUAAGGAGAUCACUCGAUUCCCAAAGCUGCAUUCCCGAUUGGUGGAAGUGGUGGCUGAUUUACUGCAAGAGAGAUUGGAACCUACCUUGUCCUAUGUGCAGAGCCUUGUGUCUAUCGAAUGCUCGUAUAUCAACACAAACCAUCCCGAGUUUCCUACUGCAGCAGAAGCGCUUAAGCAGCUAGACAAGAAGUAUAAAGAACAAGAAAGCAAUGAGCGUAAAAAGAUGAUGCGUCAGUACUUGAACAACGAGAUCGCUUUAAAUAGGACCACUAGAUCCAUGUCCAUUGCUUCUACUGCGUCAAGUAUCUCUACUAUCUCGCAUACAUCAAAGAACUCGACGAUAAAUCAAAUGUGGAAUCAGCAUCCACAUGAGAGAAUAAACAGCCAAGAAACAGCACAGACUACUCAACCAAACGAAUCAAGCAGUGAUAUCGAUGAAGGAUUUAGAAGCAAGAGCACUGAGAAAGAGGAGAGAGAAGUAGAGUUAAUACGAUACUUGAUCAUAUCCUAUUUCAAUAUUGUCAGAAAGUCGAUACAGGACCUAGUGCCCAAGGCCAUUAUGCACUUUUUGGUAAACUAUACAAAGGAGUCUGUACAGAACCGAUUAGUGUCUGCGUUAUAUCGAGAAGAAUUCUUUGAAGAACUAUUAAAAGAAGACCCAACCAUUGCUUUGGAAAGAGAAAGGUGCAAGACAAUGCUGGAAGUAUACCGUCAAGCCUCCAAUUUGGUGAAUGAAGCCUUGUAG